AUGGAAUCUUACAAGAACACUUUUUUGGAUUCAGCUGUUGAGUCAAAUGCCUUGAAAUUUGGUGAGUUUGUUCUCAAAUCCGGAAGAAAAUCCCCAUACUUUUUCAAUUUAGGUUUAUGCUGUUCUGGAAAAAUAGUAUCCAAUCUAGCUGAAGCUUAUUCUCAGGUUAUUAUCAAUUCGAAUAUUGAGUUUGAUAUAGUUUUCGGUCCUGCUUAUAAAGGUAUCCCAUUAGCUGCUGUUGUUUGUUCCAAAUUGUAUGAUUUAACUAAAAAUGAUCCUGUUUUAAAAGAAAAAUAUUCAAAAAUUGCCUAUUCCUUUAACAGAAAAGAGAAAAAAGAUCAUGGAGAAGGUGGUAUUAUCGUUGGUGCAAACCUAAAUAAUAAAAGAGUUUUGAUAAUCGAUGACGUUAUGACUGCUGGAACUGCUUUUGGUGAAGCUUAUGAUAUUAUUCAAAAUGAGAAGAGUAUUGUAGCUGGCUGUGUAAUUGCCUUGGAUAGAGAAGAAAAAACCCCUGAUAGUGAAUUCAGUGCUCUUCAAGUUGUCUCAGAAAAAUAUAAAAUUCCUGUAUUGAGUAUUGUCACUUUAAAUGAUAUUAUUCAUUAUUUAUCUGAUAAAGCAGAUGAUGAAACAAAAAUAGCAAUUGAAGCUUAUCGUACUGUUUAUGGUGCUGCCAAAAUUUAA